AGAACAAAGAAUAUAAUUAUCCCUUGUGAUGGGACUUUGUAGGAUGAACUUGGAGAUUGAUAAGGGCACGUGGUGACCAAUGUAGUCUGUAAUAAGGGAGGCACUGUUAAGGGGUUUUCAGGUAUGCAGAUGUGGUGACGUAUGACGUCACUACUGUAUCGGGUCUGUAUACAAGAAGUCACUGCUAUGUUGGGUCUGUACACACGUGACAUCACUGCUAUGUUGGGUCUGUACAUGUGACGUCACUGACUGUUCGGUAUGGAGGCUGUUGAUGGGUGCCAUGGGGGUUGUGUCAGGCCGUGGUGCUCUGAGUGACCCCGGCUGGGCACGUGACCGGAUCGAGGAGGGGGCCAGAGGCCCUGGGGGACCCAGGGGGUCACGUGGUCGGGGAGUGGAGCCUUCUCGUGGGUUCGAGAAGGGGGGCGUGGCCAGGGUGUGGCCACGCCAGCGAGGCCUAUAAGCGGGCUCAGUGCAGAGGGCUGGGCUUUUGGUGCCUGGGGUGAAGCUGUCUCAUGAAGACUGAAGAAAGAAGCCUCCAAUCAUCGUGGCUAAGCAGAAACCCUCCUGGCUUGGCCACGCCAAGUAGUACCCGAGUGUUAGCGAGAGUAGGACGGUGGUUACCACCUUAUGUGUAGGGUGUGUUGCGGUUGUGUUGCAGAGUGUAAGCGCCUCUAUCGGACCAUUACACAUGUAAGCUACAUGUCUAAUCUGUUUCAAACACUUGUGGUUCAAACACUGGUGUUAUGCCGGCAGUAUUAUUUUUAUUCCCAGGCAUAUACAACAUUAGUGGCGAGUAGCAUUUGAACCUGGCCUGGAUUGUCUUCCCAUAGGUCUACUCGGCCUUACAUGUCUACCUGCUGCAUAGCGAAGCAUUGAUUAUGCUCGACAUGCACGCGUCAAAUUGUGUGUGCAAGAAAUGUUAUUUUUUGUGUCCAAUGUUGUAUGUCGUUGGUUCACACAGAACCCCAUUUACCACAGUGGCAAAAAGAGUAUAUAUUGUUGGGAUAGCACCAUGAACUUGAAUCCUGAUAAUUCACCAAAUCACAAGGGAACGGGCUCGCCACUUGCCUCGGUAAACAUUUAAACUGUGCAGGCCAAUGCAGCCAUGGUUGGUGCUGGCCGUAACCGCCCCCUUGUUUGCGACACGCUCGCUUGAAUAGGUGCGCACUAACAGCCUUUGCCUAUAUGAUUUCUGCGGCUAAGCCAAGGGAUCUUUGUGUGUGUGUGUGCGCGCGAGAUGGAGGGGGGUGGGGGGGCUCUUGAUUGCUGCCAUUCAAUUGGUUGUACCAAACUUACCCGGGUUUGUCCCGUGACAUCCAUUGAUGAAGCCAUUACCUCUGCACCCGCAGCUCCCCCGCCGUCUGUCCCUGUGACCUGCCAUCGGCGAGUUGAAUUUUAAUUCCGUAAGCACUGCCCGCGGAGCCCGCUUAUGGAUUCGCGUCUGCGUGGGCGACAAAUUGACAUCGAUUUCGUUUUCCAGCGGCCGAGGUCGUUCACCGCAAAAGUCGACGGGAGUCGUUUGUUUUGAUCGGAAAUUAGGCCAAUUUAUUCCUGCGCCGGCUCCAGCAGGCAUGGGAAAUGUAUUUUUGUUGUUGUUCAACUGAAAGUGCAGCGCUCCUCGUGUCCGACCGGCGUUGCGGCGGCGCUGCUUCUACAAGGAGAUGAUAGAUUAUUCCUAAUUGGCAAUUAGCGGCGCGUGUGUGCGCGGGGCGCGUGGAUUGGUGCUUUCCAGGGACGGGCCGUCCGAGCGACCGGCUGGCGCUGGUUUGCGGGGCUCGCAGUGCCGCAGGCUGCCCGGAGGGCGCCGGCCUCAAUGUCACCGCGCCCGGAGUCGCGUGCACUGCUCGUCCGUUUAUGUUCCCAGCGCAGAUGGGACAUGGAGCCUGUGGGUGGGUGGAGUUGGCUGCAGCCGAGACACAGCCUGGCCGGUCGUGCUGGGCCUCAAUUGGUCCUUGGUAAUGGGGUGUGUGGGUGUUUCGGGGCGUUUCGCCCACGCUACAAGGUCCUUGUGGACAGCAUCUACCCUAUAAACCCACAGGAUGGCCUGGUAAAGCCGAGCAUGGAGAGGCUGACGUUCUACGCCGUGUCGGCGCCCGAGAAGCUGGACCGCAUCGGCUCGUACCUGUCUGCCAGGCUCAGCCGCGACGUGGCCCGGCGAAGACACGAGUAUGUCGUCAUCUCCAUGGAGGCCCUUGACAAGCUGCUCAUGGCGUGCCACUCGCAGUGCAUCAACCACUUUGUGGAGAGCUUCCUCAAGAUGGUGCAGAAGCUCCUCGAGUCCAACGAGCCACAGCUGCAGAUCCUGGGAACCAACUCGUUUGUGAAGUUUGCGAACAUCGAGGAGGACACCCCCUCGUACCACCGCCAGUACGACUUCCUCGUCUCCAAGUUCAGCGCCAUGUGCCACUCGAACAUCGAAGACCCCACCACUUGCACCGACAUCCGCAUGUCAGGCCUGAAGGGGCUGCAGGGCGUUGUGCGCAAGACCGUGAAGGACGAGCUUCAGGCCAACAUCUGGGAACCCCAGCACAUGGAUAAGAUCGUGCCCUCGCUGCUCUUCAACAUGCAGCACGCGGACAGCUCGGAAGGUCAGACCCCGGGCUCGCCGGCGCCCAUGGAGCAGGAGAAGCCGGAGAGCCUCGCCGAGAGCUGCCUUCGCGAGCUGCUGUCCCGCGCCGCCUACGGAAACAUCGACAGCAUCAUCCGGCCCGUGCUGAUGCACCUGGACGGUCACUCCCUGUGGGAUCCCAACACCUUCGCCGUCCGCUGCUUCAAGAUCAUCAUGUACUCCGUCCAGAACCAGCAUGCCCACAUGGUCCUGCAGAAGCUGCUGGGCCACCUGGACACGCACAGCAAGGCCAGGGCGACCGUGCGCGCCGGGGUGGUGCAGGUGCUGUCCGAGACGGUCUCCAUCGCCACGGGGGGCUCCAUCGGUCCGGCUGUGCUGGAGGUGUUCAACUCGCUACUCAAGCACCUGAGGCUGAGCGUGGACCAGGAACUGCGCUUGAGUAAUGUGGGACAGGACGACAACGCGAUAGAUGGCGCCAGCGCAGAGGCCAUGUUCCAGGAUUCCGUCGUCAAAACUAUAGGCUCCUUCGCGGGGAUCCUACCUGACUACCAGCGCUCCGAGAUUAUGAUGUUCAUCAUGGGCAAGAUGCCUUUGCACGGAGUCGGAGUGGAUAUGGGCAGCACUGGAGACAAGGAGCAAGCCGACCACAUGUAUCAGGUCAUGCUGCUGAGGUCCGUCUUGAAGGUGGUGCCGGACCACAAGGCAGCAGGUAGCCUGCUGUUGGCGCUGCCUGGCCCCGUGCUGGAGCCGCUGCUGUGGCCGGCGCUGCUGGAGGAGGCGGAGGCGCGUGUGCUGGCGCUGCGCGUGCUGCACGGGCUGCUGGACCGCCACCACAACCGCGACAAGCUCACCGCCGUCCGGAUCGUGCACGACCUUGCAAGCCUCAAGCUGAAGAUGGAGAAAUGUUCCAAGCAAGACGCCACCUUCAUGAAGAAGAACGGGCAGCGGCUGUACGGCUGGCUGUACGAGAGCUGCGUGGCGGAGGGGAACACGCGGGCGCACUACGAGGCACUGUACGUGACGCUGGCGCUGCUUGUGCUCGAGACCGGCGGGGAGGAGUUUGUCGCCAUCGACCUCCUGCGCCUCGCAGUCGCGUUGCAGGAGGCGGCGCUGGAGGAGGAAUCGUGCUCCUCGGUGUUCGCUCGCUGCGCCACCCACGGCGUCGUUGCCGCCUUCCUCAGCCUUCUGGCGCAGCGCCCUGCCCUGAGGCCGCUGCUGCAGCACGUGACGGCCGUCGUGGAGCACAGGAGGAAGGUGGCUCCAUACCUCUUACCUGACGUCGUGCUUUCAGAAAACCCACGCCUGCCCAGCGGCACGCCCAAAGAGGACAAGACGCUUCUCUUCCUGCCGAGCGUGAUGGCCGAGGCGCUGCAGAGCGCCGGCCUCAACGGCGAGCGGGUGACCGUGCCCUUCGUGCCGCUCCUCCACGACGAGGACGCGCGCUCGCACAGGAAGAGCAUCGUGGACACGGUCUCCGUGCAGGUGGACCUCGAGUGGAACGAGGGCACGGACGUCGGCCAGGUGGAAGAGAUCACCUUUGAGAUGCUGAAGAACGCCAUGGUGGACAGCGCGUCACGUGAUGAACAGGAGAAAGAGAAGAGGCGGAAGGUGAUGGAGAAGUUCCAGAAAGCCCCGUUUGAGGAGAUCGCCGCACAGUGCGAGGCUCGGGCGGCGAUGCUGCAGAGCAAAUAUGACCAGAUAUUCGAGAUCAAUAUCCGGCCACCGCCCAGCCCGUCGGGCUCCGUGCCCGGGAAGCUGGGCCAGAUUCCGUGCCGCUCCGUGCCCGUGUACGAGAUGACUUUCCCCGACCUCUGCGUCUACUGAAGGCGACAGUCGGAUGCGGGGGAGAGAGCGUUGGAUGGCAGAAGACUCACGGCGGCAGGCUCGGCCUUGGAUUGUCCGAGACACCAGGCACGUGUGGUGUGUGUGUGUGUAUGUGGUGGGUCGUCAAGUCCCAGUGCUGUGGUGUGCGACUGGGCCCAAAGCCCAUCGAUCUCCAUUCUGCAUCGUGCGUGUGUGCGUGUGUACGUGUGUACGUGUGUGCACGUGUGUGUGUGCGCAGCCGACACCAGCUCCAUUACUGCGUAGGCGUUCGCGUUUUUUGCCGUUAGCCCUCCGAUGUGUUUUCAAUCAAGUGCCUGAAGGGGGCACGUGGAGCGAAUCGUCGGACAUCGUGCCGAACAAUACCACCACGGCACAACCCCUGAAAACACAUCGGAGAGCUAGACAUUAGCCCCCGUUUAUACAGAGGGCUUCUCAAUUCACAGUGAAUUGUCACCAGAGCCAGACAGGCAGGCAUGUUAUUGCAAACGCAUUAAGAAAGAGUAAACGGGAAAUGCUUUCCAUAAAUAAAUCGAGAGCCCAUACUCGGCGUUUGUUUUGCAUCUUGUGAAAUUGAGUGCGUAUGAACUUUACCGCAUAUGCGCACGUUCACACGCAAAUCCUCAGCCUUUCUAAACAUCAAAAACCAUUACAAAAGCCAGCGGAAUGCGUGGUUGGUGCUGCAUAGAGUAUAUUUUGGAGCAGUAAAAAUAACGUAUUUUGCUCGAGUUAAUUGGAAUCUCUCUUAACUCUGGCAUUUAAACACACCAGCCCUUCCCUUUGGCUCGAAUCGUUGGACGCUUUCUCCGGGGGCUGCCCCAUGAUUUAUUCAUUCCCGCCUUGGAGGCAUUCUCUUAUUUGCAGUGUACUGAGCUGCACAUUUUGUAACGAUUGACCAAUACUUGGAUUUUAACAGUUGAUGGAUCUCACUCAUCGCGUGGGCCGUUCUUGGAAAAGCUACCUUACUUAAUAAGACUUGAGUUUUGAACAUAUAACAAGGAGCAAUAUGAAUAGGUGGAUCCCCAUGCAGUACGAGUAUGUGUUUGUACGUUUUACGAAAUAGGCUCUGCGCUAUAUAUAUAUUUUGGGUGGUGGCGCUUUGCGUGCACCGUUUGUACGUACGCAACUGCUUCUGUGUAGGUGCGUGCGCUGACGGAGGCAUUUUUAUUUGUUGCGUCCUGCACCGGCAAUUGGCGAAUGGGGCUUACUUUAAUGUUUUACAUCUAAUGCUGGAUUGAUUGAUUUAUUUAACACACGCGCGGCAUUACGUCGCCAUUAGUUCGCAGCGUAAAAUUUUGAUGGGGGGAAAUCUGCCCGCGGGCGGCAUGUGGUCUCGCUCGGACGGUGCUUGCGAUGACUUCCAACGUCCCAACACAAACCAAACGAAGGAUGAAUUGUAAACGGGAGUGGCCGUUCUUGUCCCGUAGCAGGGAUGGUGGUGGCCGGGGUGGCAUACAGCACUUUGUAGAAUUAUUCAACCAGCAGGGAGAGAGGCUAUAGUAAAGUGUGGAAUGGUGGGUUUUGACAAGUUGAGAUGAAGCACUUGCUUGGACAUCCAUUCCACCCGGUGGUUAUUGUGUCCACCACUAAUAAUGUGGAAUUAACAAAACGCAAGCCGGCCAACCAGUCCAUUGAGCAAUUAUUAAACCAAAUGUACGGAUGCACUUAAGAGUAUAAAACCAACCCGAGGUUAUCGAACACAGACACGGCCCUAAGCCCCAUGCGUAGGAGUGUAUAUGGCACAGAACGCCCUCUCGCCCCUCGGUCCACUGCCUAGAGCCUCCCGGCUCCUUGAGCUGCGUGUGCCGGGUGGUGAGAGGUGAGAGGGUAUUGCGAUGCCACCCUCUGUCGCUGCUGCUUGUUCGUAAUUAUUGGGUUCCCAGGGCCACGAUGAUUAAUCCACUGUCGGUUCAACAGCGGUGAUGCAACUUGUACGGCGAAACCUUCCGAGUUUUAAUCCUGCCAAUUUGGUUAUGCACGCACUUGCGAAAUCUUUCAGUUUAGUUCUGAGGGCAUUAUAAAUCGGUGUGCUUCGGGAUUAAGGAAUGUAUGGGACUCGUCUGGCUAAAUCAGUGUGCCAAUGAUGAUUAUUGUUUUGAGCACUGCAUACGUUAUGCCAAUUGAUCGAGGAUUGUAUAAGUGUAGGGUUAGGGUGGUGGUUGUGAGGCUGGUGGUGAGCGAAGUGAGAAUGGAGGUGUUGUUAAUCAAAAAAACGCUCUCAGCAAUACUGUUGCAUUAAAAAUAUGUGUGUGUGUCUGCACCCAUUGAGAUGGCCGGUUGUGCGGAGUGGGACCACGUUAUACUCCGUCUUGUUGGGUCAGGUGGGACGAUGAAGAGCAUGGGGUAAGGAUGGUCGGUUAUGGCCACUCCCUUGGAGGCGAGGUGGUAACCUCCUUUAGGUCAGACUCGGAACUCAACAUCUGGCUGGUGCCUUCCACGAGCUGGACUCGGCCUUGAGCGACAGCAGAACUCUCGACUCUUCAGUUGAGGCCUCUAUUGAGCAACUCGAUUCGACGGUGGCGCGUUUGCCUGCACGCUCUUAACAGUCCACACGCGUGCAAGUGUUGGCCUGCCCGUACCGCGAACGUGUAGGGCGCGGUUCAACGAAUGUCGUUUCAAGGUCAUCGAGGAGCAACGCGAAGCGGGGCUUUGCUCAGCCGGCGAGGCGUUUGUAGAAAGUUUUACCGGAUGUGAUUUACUGUUCAGUGGAUGCACACAUACACACACGCCUUACACGUAAACAUGUAUCGUGGUGUAUUCGCACAAACUCGCUAUACAUUUUGAUUAGUAUAUUAAUGCAAAUACGCCUAUACAUCUUUGAUUAGCCAUCGCUCCUCAAUUCUUAACAGCCGGCUUAUACGAUUGUAAUAUGUUACACAUUUGGGGGGGGGGGGGUGGGUGGAGGUCGCAUUAAUUACCAAAGUGCGUAGUUCGCUACAAAGUGGUCAUUAAAGAAGGCGUGAUGUCGUCGGUCAGAAGAGCGGGUCAUUGUGUACCGAUAUCAAGUGUCAGUUUCCAAAUGUUAGAACUACCAGAAACUAAAAUCGUGGAGAAACCCUGAUGUCAGUGGGUGCAAAAUCAUCACUAUUUUUACAUAAAUGUCCGUUCUGGAAAUGGAUAAUGAAUUCUCGAUGGCCUCACCUGAAUUAUAAAUUGCCCAGGCACGAGUCAUAAAUUGCCCGAUGCUUGAAUCACUGUCUUAACGGUCCAAUGAUUGACGGAUCACUCUUGAUGAUGCGAACGUGAUGGUGGCGACACUGGGCACGUGAUGAUUCUCUCGGAUUCAAAUGGAUCCGCGUGCGCACUUCGCAAUGCGAGCAAUUCCGAGCGCGGCAAUCGUUUACAAUUUACGCUCAUUAUGUACAAAUGUUAAAGUUAAGAACUAAUGGAGGCGAACACUGUCGUGUACGUGAGACGGCAUAGACUGAGAGAGCUACAAGUGAUACAAGAAUAUAUUGCAAUUCUAGAUUUGAAGUUUUCGUGAUUGCAAUGAUCCAUACUCUUUGUUUUUUUUCGGUGAAGUCACGUAGGUAAAAAUAAAAAAUAAAGUUAAUCAAAUCGCGACGUUUCGGAGGCGCAACACAAGCCUCCGACAUCAGGUUUAAUAAGCACAGCAAAAUUACUGUAAAGAGAGCCAUUUGUAAUAAGAGAUUUGUAAUAAGAGAUUAUUAUUACAAAUCUCUCUUUACUGUAAUUUUGCUGUGCUCGUUACACCUGAUGACGGGGGCUUGUGUUGCCUCCGAAACGUCGCGAUUUGAUUAACUUUAUUUUGUAUUUUUACCUACGUGACUUUACCGAUAGAACGAAAGAAUUUGUUUCAACCCUGUGACAAUCCAAUUGAGGUGGGGGAGGGGGUGGGGGAGAAUCAAUACAUGCCAAGUGUUGUACAUGAAUAUACCAAUUCCAGCAUGGACACGUGACUCUGCCUGAUUUGACCAAUUGGGAGUGUGUGACUUGCGGCAUCCCAAUCAAUCACCAGCUCUGGCUGAGUGUCGUCGUAGUAGCGGUAACUCGGAAAACGAUCAGCCUUCCAUUCUGUUCAUUAUGCGUUUUAGAAACUAAUUGGCAACAUUAAAGCCAACGCUAGCAGGUGUUCCAACACUGGGUUCUCCAUUUAUAGUAUGUCAGAGUAAGGCUGCUGUUAUACACAUCGGUCCUGUAAAGCAGUAUUUCACAUUGAUUUUCCAACUUACAAUUAAGAUUCCAUGGGAUUCAAUAACUGCCUAGCUUUCCCCCCCCGUAUUUUUACUUUUAUCUUUUGCACGUGCACUGAUGUAGUCACUUCACAAGAUUCAGCCUGCGGUGUCCACUGAGGUCCAGUUUCACCGCAUCUGCCAAUCGAUAGCCGCACGUUACGCCCUUCUUUAUUCUUCGGGAGUGCCACCUUUAACCGGCUAAGAAUGCAAGGAGGUUCAUUUGGUUCUGUGACCUUCGCGAAAAAGACACCUGCCAGGUGGCUUGUGAAAUGUUCCGCGUAACUUUGAGGUUGAUUUCAUGUUGACAUUGGGCUUAAUGACGUGGCAGAAGAGUGUUGGCACUCGUGGAAAUUAAAAUUUCAGCUGGACUUCUUUUCGAUGUGCCUUCCGCUCUCCUAUGAAUGGGUUGAGUUGAUUAGCGAUUAUAUGGCCUUUGAAAAAAAUUGUGAAUUGUAAAAUCAAGGCGGGUUGCAUUCAAAGUAAUUGGUUAACAGUUUCGGACAUGGAAGUGUGCUAUUUAAAUGCCCGGCAUUCUAGCUCCAUGGGAAAACGUCAGAAUUGCGUCAAGGGCUGCAUCGCGCGUUGGUGGCUCGUAAAAAUCUGGAUCGAAGUGAGGGCGUCGGGACUGGAGUUUGUUCGAGUGCUUGCGUUUAUUUUUGGACCAAAUAAUGGAUGAUUAUCACCCUCUCGCGUUGUCGCUCCGCUGUGCAUUAAUGCGACCCGUUGUGCGCUGUCGGGCUCUUUACUUUCCAAUUUAUAAAGCUCGUCACGUUUUCCACUUAUUUAUUGCGGUCAUCAAUUCAUGUUCUCAUUCAGCUUUACAUUCACGUGAUUUGUUUCUGUGCAAUAAAGUGGAGAAUUUA